CAAUCCACACAUCACCUGCAUCAUCGUGAACACCUCAGUUCUCGGCCAAGCAAUCCCGCUUUACGUGUUGACAAUCAAUUCUCAAUGUCAAUGCAUCCUAGCGGUAUCCCAAGGUGGAACAUGAACUACCACUACGCUUUCGUUCACGGACCUCGCCGUUUCAGAUUCUUCCCCCGUCUCUUCUGGUUCGCACUCGGCGCCGGUGCCUACGCCUGGUGGACAAGACACCGUGAGGAAGGUGACCGUAGAAUUACCGACGUUCACAAUGGGGAGUGGAAGAAUUGGUCUGGAAAUCAUUUCGGUUGCCACCGACGCCGUGAACAGUUACCGCCGCCACCCACACAGAAUUGGAAUACGCCGCAGCCUGUUUCACAGGGCAGUCAGCCAGUAACUACUGCUCCAGUUGCACAGGCUCCCGCCGUAGUGGCUACCACUGUCUCAGCUCAGUCUCCAGCCCCUGCUUACGUCUCUACCGAACCCACCGCUCAGUCGAGUGAAUGGCAUUCAGAGCGCUUCCGGGAAGUCGGAAAACAAGCCAGUGACGCCAUGGCUGAUAUGUCAGAGCAAGCACUGGACUCCCUAAUGGCCAAUAUUCAGGCGCUUAAAUCUAAACUUGUUCAAGCGCGCGAGGGACGUGAGAAGGAAAGACUCUACCUCGAACAGCAUAUUGCCGCGGAUGCUCCUGAGCGUAAGGACAACCCAGAGCGACUCGUUUAAUAUUGUUCCGUGUCCGCGAUCCUUUCGUUUCUUUUCUCAGCCAAUGUAGAUCAUAAUUAUUCUCAAUGUACCUUCAACCCAUAUCAAUUAAUAUUUAUUUGAUAUAUUCCGCGAUUAAAGAAGCUCUCGUCAA